AUGAAAUCAGGAGGGAUAGAGUUCAAGUUACAAGUGAAUAUUUCAUUGCAGCAGCAGCCUUGGACGAGUGCAAAUAUUGAAUUCGGAAACUCUCUCCAGUUCCUUUCCAAGCAAAUCCCAGGGAUGCAGUGGAGUGGAAUUGUUCAGGAGCAGAACGGUAUUUGGACUCGAACCCUUGUAUAUACACCAUACAAGAGUCAUGUGAAUCACGAUUUCACAAUUGAUUUGAACAUAUCUGCGAAGAACCAACAACAAUCAACAUGGACGACAUACACCUUCCAGCUCUACGUGUAUGAAUAUCGGCCAGCAUUUGUGGAUGCAUGGUUCAAUGCUUCCGUUUACAAGCUGGUCAACGGGUCGCUGCAGCCCCAGCAGGAUGAGACUCCUUCCAUCAUUCCAUGGGCUAAAUGCGUUGCUGCUUCCAACUCCCCGACCCCAUGCAUCAGUAGGGUCAACGCUGCGGUUUCAAACUGUGAAAUGCCGCCCUUUGCGGUGGUUGUGCAAUCUUUAGACUCGAUCUUCAACGUGAAUUUCACAAAUUUCCUAUGGAAUGUUCAAACAAAUGCUGUAAUUGGACAAGCGAGGUUGUCGCAGCCUCUAUUCGUGCGGAAUGUGACAGCAAGUGCAAACAUACCUAACGAUGUGAUGUACGCUGAUGGCCGACAAACAUAUCUCAUCUAUGCCAACGUCUCGUGGCUGCCAGAGACCAAGCACAUGGGAUCAGUGGUGGACAUCUGCAUUGAAGUGCAUGAUAGAUAUGCAUCGAACCAAAGAUGCAUUCUUGUUGAGGUUCUGCCGUGUUUUUACUGCACGAGUCCAAAGGAGACGCUCCUGACCAUAGCUCGAUUGUUUCAAACAGACUGGGCGCAAAUUUGGUCUGCAAAUGUUGCAACAAGGUUGCCAAUCUCAUUGAAUGGCAUCAGCACCUGGCAAACUCCCGAAAAUCUUGACGACAUGCCGUCAAACGUGGCGAUCCGUCUUGGUCCAGUCUUCACUCCAUCGGUUGACACUGCUCUCAGUUGGUUGCUCUGGAACUUCCAGAUGAGCAACACGACUCUUUUCCUGGCCAACCCGAGCCUGGACAGGAAAACGACAAUGAUCCCAGCCAGUUCACAAUUGUGCGUCCUCCCCGACAUCUGCUCCAACAGCCAUGUCUAA